CUAUAUAGAAUUCUAUUGUUAUAAAGUAUUCUGAAAAAAUGGAUAUCCAAGCUAAUUGCUUUGUCACGCACUAUUAUUUUUUGAGCUCCCUGGGCUUUAUUUUAAUGGGAAUAGUUUUGAUGGUGCCCUCGAUACGUGAAAAGUUUCGUAAUCAGUAUAUGAAAUUUCGCGCGAAAGCGAUAAACUAUACACCCAUAACAUAUAUGCAGGAUGAUAAUCUAUCGGCAGUAUCGAGAAGGCGUUUGCUCAUGGUGGGUCGUAAGACUUUAGUUUUAGACAUGGACGAGACGCUGAUAUCGUCUGUGAUACUGUAUCGGAUGAAAUCGUUGCUAAGCGCGGGACCCGAAGUCAAUCGGCGAUACGAGGCGAAGUCAAAAAUGGUACACUCAACGCCAUAUGAUUACAGCUUCGAUAUACCUUUGUCGGAUGCCAGUGUCUAUGUCUAUAAGCGACCCUACGUAGAUCUGUUUUUGGAUCGGGUCUCGGAGUGGUACAAUCUGGCAAUCUUCACCGCUGCCUCGGAGGCAUAUGCCUCUCAAGUGCUGGACUUUCUAGAUGCUGGUCGAAAUAUACUGAAGCGUCGAAUGUUUCGACAGCAUUGCGUCAAUGUCUGUGGGGUUCGGGCUAAGUUUGUGUCGCUGGUUCACAGCGAUCUGGCCAACGUGCUGCUCCUCGAUGAUUGCCCCAUGGAAAACAGCUUCAAUAUUGGCAAUACGGUGAACAUCAAGCGCUAUCGCAUCGGUUCGAAGGACAAUGAACUGCUCUGCAUGUUGCCCUUUCUGGAUGCCCUGCGAUUCACUAGAGAUGUUCGUUCUCUCUUGGGUCGCAUCACUCGCUUCGAUUGCCUCGCCAGUUGCAUGGAAGAGCAUUUGUACGAAGCCGAGGAAGAUGAAGAAGACAUGCAUAAUUCAUUUUAA